GCAACUGCUGCAGGACAUCAUUCACUCACAAUACCCACUAUUAUAAAUUAAAAAAUAUAUAUAUUAGAAGUCUCCUCAUUGUUCUAUGACCCGUUCACGCAUCCUUUGUCCUGUCAAUGAACUCUCUGCUGAUUCCAAUGAUAGAAGAAACGAUGAAGAAGAUGAAAAUGAUAGGACAGACCUGACCAUGCAACAUGUAUUUCAGCCCAAUUACCCUGAAGCCUGUAAUAACAAAGAGAGGAUCCCACCACAUAAGUACAUCCACAAGUUCCGCACGGCUGUCCUUGUUGUGCAAGUCAUUCGCAACCUCAUAAAAAUUUAUAGAGAUUAUGCAGCCUCAAGAACAGAUCCCAUUUCCUUCAUCGAGUACGCUGGUUUUGAGGCCGAGACUGAAAACCUUCUGUUUGAUCGUUCCCUCUUCAAGGCUAAAAUGGAGAUGGUCCUAAGUUCGGAGGCCCAACAAAUCCUUACAAGCUCCCCAGGGAAGAGGACACCAGAAGAAGCUAAGCUGGCCAUGCUGUCGCUGAGGAUGACGGUCAGCUCUUUUGCCGGAUAUCCUGUUCACAUACAAGAGAAAAUAGCCAAGGUGGGCUGGUAUGAAUGUUUCGGGCCUGGAAGAGUGAUCAUAAGACAAGGUCACGUCGCUCAGAACUUCUACCUGAUUCUCUCGGGCACAACCGUAGUCACCAAAGUGUCGCGUAGCAAGAAGACGGGGGAGCAUUUCUCCAAGACGGUGGCCUUCCUCAAGAAAGGGAAGUACUUUGGGGAUGUGGCCAUUUUGACUAAUACAAAGAGGAAUGCAACAGUGGUGUGCCAUGACUCUGUUUCCUUGCUUGCCAUAACUAGACAGGAUUUUCUAAACAUUUUCCUGAACAGUGAAUCCCAAGAAGGACCUGACUAUAUACGUUUGCUGGAAAGCAUUGAUCUUCUCAGUGGAUGGCCCAUUCAUAAGCUUCCUUACAAUAACCCCAGGAUCUGCGUCCACACAUUCUACAGACCAGGAACGGUUAUUACAAAAGAUUCCAAGACAUCUUCCAAAAUCUAUGUGAUCAAAAGUGGAUCCGUCCGUGUAUUAAAAGCCAUGACCACUCCAAAGUCACAGCCUCUUCAGAACGCCUAUCAUCUGCAGAGCAAAGAUAUGUACAAAGAGGGACUGAGAACCAAAUCUGCAAAGCAGGAUCAAGAAUAUGAAAAUCCAUCAUGUAAUUUCAUUGAAGAGGAGCAUCUCCUGCCGCUGCUACAGAGAGAGAGAAAAUUGAAUGAGACAGCAAGAUCAAGUGCGCCAGCCACCCGCCAGCCAGUCCUAUCUAUAACACCGGAAAAUGAAAAUCUUUCCCAAAUAUUUAUUCACAUCCAAACUCUCCGAGCGGGGGAAGUUUUCGGACUGGUUUACACCAUUUUAGAAGACACGCUGAGCAUGGCAUUGGUUUCAGAUGGAGCGGAGUGUAUCGUCAUAUCUAAGGAAUUCUUCAAAAAACAAAUGACUGAGGACUACAUCCGCAAGUUAUCACGAGAAAUUCAGCCAUACCCCUCCCGAGAGAUGCUGCAGCAGAAAAUGCAGGACCAUAUGAAAUGGCAGUCAUAUAAGUCCCAUCUUAUCAGAAAGCAGCACUGAUAUCUCUGGUAGGGAAUGCCGAGAUAAGUCAUGGCAGCUAAAGAAUUCACUUCAUGUCAAUUGCGUUCAAUUUCCCCAAAUGGGCCCUUUCAUUGUAGAACUGUGGGGUUGCGUCUACUUAUUUCCCCUUGAGGUUACUAUUUGAAGGAGGGGUUAGGGGUUUCUAAACCCACUUAGCCUACAACAAGCACAGGGACUAUGAUGACCAAAUGGGCCAAGGAGUCUAUGCAUCUUGAAGGAGAGGUAACCAAGACUGAGCAACUUAUUGAUGACACAAGUGGCCUAUGGUCCACUUUCCCGUUUUGGGCCUUUUGACCUCUUCCUGAAUGCCCAGAAUGCCCAUGUGGUCAGUCGACCCUGCUGAUAUAUUAUUACUUUACAUUAUAUUAUAUAUUAUGUUAUAUAUAUUCAAUAUGGAUGUCUAUGUUUUUAGUUUUUAUAUAUGUCUUCACUAUUUAUCACAAUAAAAUAUUUUAGGUCUCACUUUAACUUUUGUCCUAUAGGAUUGUUGCCUCUCUGUGUAUAGUUUUGUACAGCUCUGGUUCAUACCGUUAUAUAGGCUAUGUUCAUCACAAUGGCUUGACUUAAUUCACUUCCCUUAAUUCACUUAAUUUCCUGUGUAUAAUCUUAUUAUGAGAGACCGGUGGGACCGCUGUCUGUCCCUUAAUGAAAAUCCUCAUGUGGAGGCAGGCUAAUAUUAGCACAUCAAAUGCCACAUUUACUUUCCAUUUCAUGUAUAAUAGGAUAAAGAUGUUAAAUGUUUGACUAUGUCCCAUAUUGUGCUUGUUAUUGAGGCUAUAUUAAACUACUCUCGACCAUGGGACAUUAACUUUGACCUCCAUCCCCCCCCCCCCAAAUCCUUAU